CAAAUAUAGAAGUUUUUUUUUGUACCACACACAACUUGACCAGAAAUUGGACGAAAUUUUGCAGUUUCCCCCAGUAUCCAAAGCAGUCGAACAGUCAUCGCUUUUGUGACGUGCUCACCUUGAAUUCAUCAGCAGGCAGCAAGAUAUUGACCCUGCACAUAGACACACUCGCGGGCACAGAAAUAGCAGCCAUUCUUGCAGCCACACAUACAUAUUAACCCCCCCGGAACACAAGCACACAAAAUACUGACAUGUUUCGACGUUCGGAAAACUUUUUCACCAACAGAGCACGGCGACAACUGCAAGUGGGUGAACAAAUGACCACCGCCGCCUCCACAUCGCAGCAUGCGACAUCGUCCUCCACAAUGAUGGCGGGCUCAGGAUCCCUGUCUACCAGCGGAGCCACCCCCACGACCACGCCCAGCAGCUCGGCGGUCCGGGCCCUGGCCAUGGAGUACAAGUCGUUGCAAGAGGAGCCGGUGGAGGGAUUCCGCGUCAAGCUGAUCAACGACGACAAUCUGUUCGAAUGGGAGGUGGCCAUCUUCGGGCCACCGGACACCCUCUAUCAGGGCGGCUACUUCAAGGCGCACAUGAAGUUCCCGCACGACUACCCGUACUCACCGCCAUCCAUACGCUUCCUGACCAAGGUCUGGCAUCCGAAUGUCUACGAGAACGGGGAUCUGUGCAUAUCCAUACUGCAUCCGCCGGUGGACGAUCCGCAGAGCGGGGAGCUGCCCUGCGAGCGCUGGAAUCCCACGCAGAACGUGCGCACCAUCCUGCUGUCGGUCAUCUCGCUGCUCAACGAGCCCAACACAUUCUCGCCGGCGAAUGUGGACGCCUCGGUCAUGUACCGCCGAUGGCGGGACUCACAGGGUAAGGACAAUGAGUAUCCUAACAUCAUACGCAAACAGGCCUUGGCGGCCAAUGCCGAGGCCAAGCGGGAGGGCAUUGUGGUGCCGAUGACGCUGGAGGACUAUUGCCUGAAGCCCACGCGCAAGCCCACAACGGAAUCUGGCCUGGAUGCCAAUUUCUACGAUGAUGACUUCGAUCUGGAGACGGAGGACGAUCUGCCCUCUGAUGAUGACUUCGAUGAGGACGACGACGAUGAGGAUGAGGACGAGGAUGAGGACAGUGCCACGGCGUCGAUUAGCAAAAAUAAUGGCGGCAGCAGCAAGUGCAAGAACAACGGGCUGGGCAGGGAGGCGGCCGCCGCCGGUGCGGACGAUGCCGAGUCCGCCGACGACAGCGGCAAGGGCGAGACCACAUAAUGCAGCCAGGCCGGGGUCGCGUCAUCUCUUCCUCCCACUCCUGCCCUAGGCGGCGAGCCACCGCCUUUUCAUUUCUCCAACAUUAUUACUAUGAUUAAUGCUAAUUAUAAACGUUUCAAAACUAAACCGAACAACUGAGAACACAAUUA